AUGGGAAAAGCCAAAAAGACUAGAAAAUUCGCAGUGACAAAGAAAAUCAUUAGCCCGAAAGAUACUCGUGUGAAAGAGAACCUUGAAAAGGCAAAGAAGAAAGCGGCUGACAAGAUGAAGAAGGAAGAACCGCGCCAGAUUGAGCAGGCAGUUUCAUCUCUCUUUUUCCAAUAUAAUACUCAGCUUGGACCACCAUACCACGUCCUUGUCGAUACAAAUUUUAUUAACUUUUCCAUUCGUAAAAAAUUGGAUAUGAUCCGAGCAAUGAUGGAUUGUCUGCUGGCGAAAUGCGUCCCUUGCAUCACGGAUUGCGUAAUGGGAGAAUUGGAAAAACUGGGAGGAAAAUACAAGAUCGCGCUUCGUCUCGCCAAAGAUGAUCGCUUUGAGCGAAUUCCUUGCGACUGCAAAGGCUGUUAUGCAGAUGAUUGUUUGACCAACAUGGCUAAGCAAUGGCGGUGUUUCAUUGUGGCUACUUGUGACAAGGAAUUGAGAGGACGGAUACGAAAAAUUCCAGGGGUCCCAUGCAUGUAUAUCAGUGGAUACAAAUACACCGUGGAACGAAUGCCAGAAGCAUUCGGAGCACCACCAUAA